AUGGCCACUCAUACCAUCCGCAAAGUCGUCUACUCUGCCUAUGGCGGUCCCUCCAACGUUAGCGUCGUCACAGCUCAAAUCCCCCCUCCAGCAAAGAACGAAGUCCAAGUCGAUGUCAUCUACUCAGGCUUCUCUGGCGCCGACAUCCAGAUGCGACUUGGCACAUACCCCAUGCAAAAAGCGGCACCUUUGACACCCGGCUACUGCUUCGUUGGUCGCGUCAGCACUAACGGGGACAAGUCCUCCAAAUUCCGGCCUGGUCAGCUCGUUGGCGCUCUUAGCGUGUACGACGCUGAGGCUCAGAAGAUCAAUAUCCUCGAAAAGUACUUGAUCGCUAUUCCCGAGCGCGUUGAUAUGCAGGAGGCGGUCGCUGCUUUUCUUGACUGGAACACUGCUUACGGUCUUGUUCAUCGCGCGACGAAUUUAGUUGGCAAAGGUCAGCGCGUCUUCAUCCAUUCCAUCAGUGGAGCUGUUGGCUAUGCCAUUAUGACCCUGUGCCUGCUGGAGGGCGCUGAAGUCUACGGCACCGCUUCAGAGCGCAACCAUGAGUCUCUUCGCCAGCUCGGAGUGACACCCUUUACCUAUGCCAACAAGAACUGGGUUAGCGAAAUGAAGCAGCGCGGCGGUGCACACGUAGUCUAUGACCCAAUUGGUUUCGAGCACUACAAUGAUUCAUGGGACAUUCUCAUCACCGACGAGCCCUCGCGUCUUGUCGGUUUCGGUGGUAACAUGAACAUCCUCCAGGGCGACGACGCCAAACCGCGAUCGCAGUAUGUCGGAAUGGCCAAACUUCUAGCCAAGAACGGCUGUUUGUUUACCAAAAGAAGCACAUCCUUCUACUACAUUGACCGCGAUCGCGCGACAUUCAUGGAAGAUCUUCAGGCUGUCAUGAAUCUCCUCAUCGAUGGAAAGGUUGAGGUACCGAUCAAGAAGGUCUGGGAUUUGGAGAACGUGCGCGAGGCCCAUGAGACUUGGGAUGAUGUCGACUUCAUCAAAGACAUCGUCUCCAAAGAAGUUGCAGCAGGCACGCAUCUCACUGUCAUUGCUCACUCAUGGGGAGGUAUGCUUGCUUCUGCAGCUUUGGCGGAUUUUGUUGUCUCCCCCAAGUCAAAAGAAGGAGGUGUCACUGACAUGAUCUUCAUUGCCGCCUUCAUUCCUUCGGAAAAUGAUUCAUUGGCCGGCCUCUUUGGUGGAAAGCUGCCUCCUGCACUAGCUCCUCAAUCUGACGGAACUCUUGUGCCGACUGAUCAUAUUCAUCUUUUUUUUCAUGACUUACAGGAGGAGGAUGCUCAGUGGGCCAAGAGUAUGCUGGUUGCCCAUGGUACGCAUAUCCAAUACGCUCCAAUUAAUUGCCAGAAAGUGGCAUGGCGUGUUGUUCCAUUGACGUAUAUCAUUUGCGAGGAGGAUCGAGGAUUGCUCAGUUUUUUGCAGGAGGGCAUGAUUGAAAAGGUUGAAGAACAGGGGGUCGUCGUUCAGAAGUAUCGGUUGCCUUCCUCUCAUAGCCCUUUCCUUAGCAUGCCCAAGAAGCUUGCCAGCAUCGUGUUGGGGGCCAUGAACUCAUAA